CUCGAAUUUAUACUAUUUAAACAAAUCGAAUGUCAGAAAAGUAAGGAGAAGUGAAAAAUUAUUAAUUUUAAUGAUUUUAACCUUGUUUUAAAAAUAACAAAUUAACAGAGUAAAUAUAACAAUAAAUUUUCGAAAUAGUUGAUAAUAAAUAGUUUGAAAUGAAAAUUCUCACAUUGACGUUUUAUAUGGCAAUAAGACGCUUUCCACUAAUUUGGAAAAUUCAUGGAUAAUUCAUGAGAGUGUGUCAAAAUGGGUGGUAAAAAAAGAAGCGUUUACAUAAGUUUUAUGUUAGUGUUAUUUUAGUAUUUUUCUUUAUGAAUUCUUUUUAUUUUCGUAUGUUAUGUGGUUCUGGUGAAAAUAAGAAAAUGAGUGUUCAAGAUACAAUUGAGGACUUGACAGAGAUUUGCAUGAAUCUCCGUCAUAAUAUCAAAUCUCUGGAUCAAAAAGAAAAGGAAAAUAUUGUUUUAAAACAUAUCAAGGAGUUUGCCGACACUGAUAUACGAAUUUGUGACUUUCAAAAAGGUUUGGAAUGGUGCAAUGUCUCGGAGGAAUUAUCCGUUGUGAAACAUCUUGCUGGAAAAAUUACGAUUCUUGACUUUUUCACGUAUUGUUGCAUCAAUUGUAUGCACAUUCUACCUGAUUUGGAUGCCCUUGAGAAGAAAUAUUCAAUUGAAGAUGGACUUGCAGUUAUUGGAGUUCACAGCGCGAAAUUUGCUAACGAGAGGAACUCGGAGAAAAUUUUAUCAGCGGUGCAACGCUAUAACAUAGGACAUCCAGUGGUAAACGAUAGUCAAUUGUCCAUGUGGCGCGAUAUUGGAAUAUCUUGCUGGCCAAGUCUUGUUAUUUUAGGACCAAAAUCGCAGCCGCUAUUUGUUUUGGUUGGAGAAGGACACCGUGAAUUGUUAUUCCUCUACGUGCGAGUUGCACUUGAUUAUUUUAAUUCAUUAAAUCAAAUAUCAAAUCAUUCAUUGCCUUUAAAUUCCGUCCAGCAUUUAUUGCCAGCAUCCAGAGGAAAUUUGCUCUUUCCGGGCAAAAUACAUGCAUUUAAAAGCGAAAAUGGUGAAAAAUUAAUUGUCUCCGAUACGGGGAAUAAUCGAAUUUUAAUUAUGAACGGAACUGGAAAAGUGGAAAUUGUUAUUGGUGGCUGUGCGCCCGGUUUCGAAGAUGGUAAUUUUGAGAAAGCGAGAUUUAAUGCUCCUCAGGGAAUUUGUGCACUUGAAAAUUGGAUUUUCGUCGCUGAUAAUGAAAAUCACGCCGUACGAAAGAUAGAUUUAGUGGCAAAAACUGUUACCACUGUUGCUGGAAAUGGAACCCAAGGGCACGAUUAUUCGGGAGGAAAACUUGGAAGAGAUCAAGUUCUCUCUUCACCGUGGGACGUGGCAAUUUAUCAACAUAAACAAUCUGAGAGCGGUGUUCCUGUGCUACUGAUCGCUAUUGCUGGUACUCAUCAAAUUUGGGCCCUUUUUCUUCAGGACACAAUUUGGUGGAAGAAAAAGAAUUACAAAGCCGGAACAUGUGCGGCAAUUGUCGGAAGUGGAAGAGAAGAAAAUCGGAAUAAUUCCUAUCCACAUGCGGCAAAUUUAGCUCAACCAUCAGGUCUUGCAGUUUCACAAGAAUUAGGAGCUGUUUUCUUUGCUGACAGUGAAAGCAGUGCAAUUAGAAGAGUUCAUCUCGAGGAUGGAAAAGUCUCCGCCGUUUGUGGAGCUGAUAAAAAUCCGUCGAAUUUGCAUUGUUUUGGGGAUAUUGAUGGAAAACAGUAUUCAGCAAAAUUGCAGCAUCCACUUGGAGUCGCUUGGGAUUCAUCCCGAAAAUUGGUCUACAUUGCUGAUACGUAUAAUCAUAAAAUUAAAAAAGUAGAUCCAGAAGGGAAUUGCUCAACUUUAUUUGGAGCAGGAAAGCCAAGUUUCGAUCACAAGUUCAAUGAACCCAGUGGAUUGGCAUUAAAUAAUGCAGAAACAAUUCUUUACAUUGCCGACACUAAUAAUCACUGCAUUAAAUCAAUUGACAUCGAAACUGGAAAAAUCGACACUCUCACCAUUGUUUUGCCAGAGGAAAAAUAUGAAGCAGAUAGAAAAUUCGAAUUUGAAACGACAGUCGGUAGAAAUGCUGGACAAUUGACUAUUUCCUUUAAAUUGAUUUUCGAAUCAAAUUUAAAAUUAAACACCGAAGCUCCUCAGCGAUGGUCGCUGAAGGUGCCACCGACCUGGAGUGAAACGACAAAUUUAACCGGUAGUCUCGAAACUCCAAUUCACGUGCAAUAUUCCCCGGGUGAAGAAGAUGAGAAAAUACACAUUUUCCUCAAUAUUGUCGCAUGCAAAACGACUGAAUGCAUACCAAUGAAAAUUCUCACAGUAUUCAACGUACAUCGUGAUAAAAAUAAUUCGCCGAAUAAUUUGGAUAGAAAAAUUCACGAAAUUUUAUAUUUAAAGUAAGGAAUUUGUUUUUUUAAUCUUUUAAUUUGAAAUCAUGAACAAAGGAGAAGUU